AUGGUUCUCCUGAAGGUCUCCUCCCUCGUCGCAGUCCUGGGCUUGGUGGUCAGCCAGAUGUCCAGCACGCAGGCAGCGCCAGUCAGACCGGGCUUGGACACCUUAACGGACCGGGUCACCAUCAGCGACUAUGAGGCACGACGGUUACUCAACGCUUUGGUCAAAGAAUUCGUACAGAUGACGGCAGAGGAGAUGGAGCAGGGGGGUGAUGGGAACAAGUAA